CUUCUUUGGAAAAGGUGGUCACCUCAACCCCGGCAUCUGAAUAAGAUAGUCGCACACAAAUACUCACAUCUGCCUUGCCUCUACGUGUUUCUCCACUAUGCCACACAUGAACGGCGUUCACAAAGAUGGACCGGUAUCCGAGAUCAUCAAGGGCGUAGAGAUCCUUGACUAUGCUAGCGCUGUCGACGUGCUCAAGAACGAAUACAAGGAGAAGGAUGGCUUGAGCGCCCAGCAGCUCAUUGAUUCGAAAGAAAAUGGAGGUCUUACCUACAACGACUUCCUCAUCCUGCCUGGCUACAUCGGCUUCCCCGCUUCAAGUGUUACGCUUGAUACUCCCAUCACCAAGAGAAUCACACUCAAGACUCCUUUCGUUUCCUCGCCCAUGGACACUGUCACUGAGCAUAACAUGGCCAUCCACAUGGCACUUCUCGGUGGCCUGGGUGUAAUCCACCACAAUUGUUCCAUGGAUGAUCAGGCAGAAUUUGUCCGAAAGGUGAAGCGCUUCGAAAACGGGUUCAUUCUUGAUCCCGUCGUUAUAUCACCCACUACGACAGUUGGCGAAGUCCGUGCCUUGAAGGAGAAGUGGGGCUUCGGUGGCUUCCCAGUAACGGAGAACGGCAAGCUUCGAUCGCGUCUCGUUGGUAUAGUUGCCAAUCGUGACAUUCAGUUCCACGCAAACUACAAUGAUCCAGUGACAGUGGUCAUGUCUACCGACCUGGUGACCGGCAAGACGGGCAUUACAUUGGAAGAGGCGAACACCAUCCUGAAGAAGUCGAAGAAGGGAAAACUUCCCAUUGUUGAUGAGGAGGGCAACUUGAUCUCGCUCCUCUCGCGUUCGGAUUUGAUGAAAAACCAUAACUACCCUCUGGCGUCGAAGCUGCCCGCCUCAAAGCAGCUGAUCGCCGCAGCGGCCAUUGGCACAAGGCCAGAAGAUAAGAUCAGGCUGCAGAAGCUCGUCGAAGCAGGUCUCGACAUUGUAAUCCUAGAUUCGAGUCAAGGCAACAGCAUGUACCAGAUUGAGAUGGUCAAAUAUAUCAAGGAGACGUACCCCAAUCUGGACGUCAUUGGUGGAAACGUCGUGACCAAGGAACAAGCUGCGAACCUUAUUGCGGCUGGUGUCGACGGUCUGCGCAUCGGCAUGGGCUCUGGCUCUGCGUGCAUCACGCAGGAGGUGAUGGCAGUCGGACGACCGCAAGCAACGUCUGUCUACAACGUUUCGCAGUUCGCAGCGCGCUUUGGCGUGCCGUGCAUUGCAGACGGCGGCAUUCAAAACGUUGGCCACAUCGUGAAAGGUCUGGCAUUGGGUGCUAGCACAGUCAUGAUGGGAGGUCUUCUAGCUGGCUGCUCGGAGUCGCCUGGCGAAAGCUACGUCUCACGAUCCGGUCAGCUGGUCAAGGCGUAUCGCGGUAUGGGCUCGAUUGAUGCCAUGGAAGACAAGGCCGCAGGCACAGGUACAGGCAAGGAUGCGAAAGCCUCCAAUGCUGGUACCGCACGAUACUUCUCUGAGGGCGACAAACUCCUUGUUGCGCAAGGCGUCUCUGGCUCCGUCCUUGAUCGUGGCUCGGUGACUAAGUUUGUGCCGUAUCUGAUGGCUGGUGUGCAGCACUCUCUGCAAGACAUGGGCAUCACGAGCAUCAGCGAAUUGAGGCAGAAGGUCCGAGAGGGCGAGGUCAGAUUUGAGCUAAGGACGGUGAGUGCUCAGGCAGAGGGUAAUGUUCAUGGCUUGGAGAGUUACGAGAAGAAGCUCUACUCUUAAGACGAAGGCGCAUCCGUGUUUAGAAGUUUUCGUACUGGAAAACGCAAUGGUUUACACGAAGGGACGAACUUGUAUUGACUUGGAGCGUGACUAAAAUAAGAAUAAAAUGAGCAAUCUAACGACGAGGUCCUUAUUUGCCCACCAA